CAAAUCGUCUGGAACUCUAACCCUAAAGAAUUUCACUUUUCAGGUGAAAUCAAAGAUGGAUGUCGUUCCAUCGGCGCAGGCCAAAGAGAUAUUCCUUCUUAUGCAUCGUUCGGAACUCUCCGAUCCGAGGGAAGCUAAAAGCUACUGUAAACCGAUGAUAUUUAAGACUGAUGGCCUUCGCAGGGUGAAGUCGGAACAGCUGUUGAGGGACGUGAAGUUGAGGAAUGUCUACAAGCAUCUACUGGAGGAGGCUCAGGAGUGGAGGAAGAAGGUGGAAGAACUCGAGGAAGGGUUCAAAGAAUUCAAAAUGGAAUCAUUGCGCCAUUCAUUACGACGCAAACUAUAUUUCAAUGGGCUGCCAUCUGAAUGGCAAACAGAUCUCAUUAAAAAAAACACAAUCCUGUGCACAAUCACCAACACAGAGAGCAGAAGUCUUCCAUAUUUAGAUGAUCCGAAUGAUGAUGCUGAUGGUAGUCUUCCAUAUUUAGAUGAUCGGAAUGAUGAUGCUGAUGAUGAUGCUGAGGACGAGUUUGUGUAUGACAACGAGUUUGAGGAUGAGGAUGAUAGGGAUGAGAAUGACUUGAAGUAUCAAAUCAAGUAUUUGAGUAAGAGGAUUAUAUGGAUGAAGUUGGAGGUGAAAUAUCUGGAACCGUACCUCCGAUCCACCCAAGAGAUGUAUGCACGUCAAGCUAAGAUCCCAUAUUACAAAGUGAUUCGUGUUGGACAUCCUACAGAGGAACACGUGCAGUAUCAUCAGAGGUGGAACUCAAAAGACUACAAGCCCUUUUGUGGGGAGCCCGGAAUUAUUGAAAAGUUCAAAGCCUUUAGUGAAAAGUACAGGGCAAGUACAAAGGUAUGAUUGAUAAUCUUUACUUUAUGCACUUUCUAUCAAAACUAAGAGUUGAUGGAUCCAUGAUCCAUGAAAUAAUUACAAUUACAAAUAAAUGCUACAAACAUUU